GCUUACAACGCAAAAACCAAGAGCUUUGAAGAUCCUCCCAACCACGCUCGGAGCUCUGGCAAUAAAGGGAAGGGGAAGGGGAAAGGGAAAGGCAAAGGCAAAGGGAAGUCGUCGGUGAGCUGCGAGCAAAGCGAGCAGGAGCCGGCUGAGCUGAAGCUCCCCAAGCUGCGGACUUUGGAUGUCUUCUCUGGCUGCGGAGGGCUGUCCGAGGGCUUCCACCAGGCAGGUGAGCGGCAGAGCGGGGACAGCGGUGGGGUGACGAGCAGAGCCCAUGGGGAGACGGGCAUCGGUGCUGGCCGCUCGGUUCCUCCGAGCUGGCGGCUGGUCAUGUCCGGCGAGAAGACCAGCUCGCGGGGGCAGAAGCUGCCGCAGAAGGGGGAUGUGGAGAUGCUGUGUGGUGGUCCCCCGUGCCAGGGCUUCAGCGGCAUGAACCGCUUCAACUCCCGCACCUACUCCAAGUUCAAGAACUCCCUGGUGGUCUCCUUCCUCAGCUACUGUGACUACUACAGACCGCGGUUCUUCCUUCUGGAGAACGUCAGGAACUUUGUGUCCUUCAAGCGUUCCAUGGUGCUGAAGCUCACCCUCCGCUGCCUUGUCCGCAUGGGUUACCAGUGCACCUUCGGGGUCCUACAGUUGUCCCUUCCUUCCCGGGCUGGCCAGUACGGCGUGGCCCAGACGCGAAGGAGAGCCAUCGUCCUUGCCGCAGCUCCCGGCGAGAAGCUGCCCAUGUUCCCCGAGCCUUUGCACGUGUUCGCGCCCCGUGCCUGUCAGCUGAGUGUCGUGGUGGACGACAAGAAGUUCGUUAGCAAUAUCACCCGGACGUAUUCCGGCCCCUUCCGCACCAUCACCGUGCGGGACACCAUGUCCGACCUGCCAGAGAUCAGGAACGGUGCCUCUGCCUUGGAGAUCUCCUACAACGGGGAGCCCCAGUCCUGGUUCCAGCGGCAGAUCCGGGGCUCCCAGUAUCAGCCCAUCCUCAGGGACCAUAUCUGCAAG